AUGUCGCUUGCCGACGACGGGCUGGUGGCCAUCAGCGACGACGAGCUGGUCGAAGUCCACGUCACCCGAGCCUCCUCCACGACCAGCAGCCGGCCCAACCCUACAAGCUCCAUCUUCAGCAAUCUGCUCAACCCGCAGGGCGUCGCAUCGCGGGCGCGGGCAACGAUGGAGAGCCUUCGCUUUUCCAUGCCGGGCAGCGGCCAGUCCAGAAGACCCUCACAGCCGCACGUCCAACUUCGCCCGCCUCACGCACACUCGCAAUCCGCCUUUCCUCGCUCGUGGACGACGACACCGGACUCGGGCGUCAUCGACCUGACGGUAGAGCCAGACUCGCCGGUGGAACGGAGGAGGCCGCAGCCCUCGCACAACUCGCACAACACUCACAACACACAGCAGCAGCCAUACAUGCCCCCCAGGAACCCGCGGCGGACAGCCUCGCAGCGGAUAUCGCCGCCGCACCUGUCCCGGAGCGACAGCACCUUCGUGGGGCAGCAGGCGAGCUUCAUAGACUUGACGGCAGACUCUCCCGACGACGACCAGCGACCGAAUCGACACGCAUGGCGACCACAGCCGCCGCCGCCGCAGCCGCAGCGAAUUCACCGGCAGCGUCGCCACCACCACCGCGCCCACGACCACACCACCGAGGAACACCUGCUGGCCCUGGGUUACGACCAGGAAUUUGUUGGCAUGGACUCCUUUAGGAGAUUGGCCGGCCUCAUCACCGGGGACAUGCUUCCAGGCUUCACUGCGCAUAUUCCUUCGCCGGCCUCCCAGCAGCACCAAGAGCCCCCGAAACCACCCUUGGAGCCUCUGCCCCCCGCAAAGCCGGGCUUUACUCGGGAUACAUGCACGGAAGCCGAUGGCGAGCAGGUGGUGAUAUGUCCUGCGUGCAACGAGGAGCUCGCGUACGACCCUGCGGAUGCACCGGCCACGCCGUCCAAGAAGAGGAAGCGGGUUGCUGGCGAGCAUCAUUUCUGGGCACUGAAGAAAUGCGGUCAUGUAUAUUGCGCCGAUUGCUUCGAAAACAGAAGACCGACUAAAUCUGCCCCCAAUGGCGCUGGCUUUCCCUCCGUACCAAUCAAAGAUGGUGCCUCUCACGACUUACACUGCGCUGUGGAAGGGUGCGAGACAAAGGUGGCUUCAAAGACGGAAUGGGUUGGCAUAUAUCUCUAAGGAAAGGAGAUUUUGUUUUUCCAUGGAAAGACAAAAACAAAAGGGGAGAAGAAAAAAAAAGAGACGACUUCUCAUUUUGGUCUACGUGUGCAUAUGCAUAUUUUCUUUUUUUUUUCUUCUUUUUCACACGAAUAUUUAAGGCUUGGUGGCUGCAUGGAAACCAACGGGACUGAUUGGAUGGUAUGGUAUUUAUAUACAUAUGAGUCUGCAUGAACGAGGAGCACACCUUUUACAAAACAUCAUUUGUGCUUUCAAGGGCAUUUAACGGAACGGACAAAGACGGGAUUGGAGUUUUAGGGCUAGGGAAGGGGAAGGGAAUUCUUGUUUUGUUUCCCCUCAUGAGAUGUUUUUUUUUUGUUUCCUUUUUUCUUUUUAUUUUCCGUUUAUAGGCGUUGGGAGGGACAUCGACCAAGCACACACAAAGGACGGAAAUAUGGGAGAUAUCGAGGGUAGGGAGGGAUGGUUUUGC